AUGGCAAAGCCAAGGUCGUCGGCAGAUGCUGCUGGAAAUGGCAGUGGAGCAGUGGAUGCAGAGGCCAAGCUCAACUACUUCCAGAAACUGUGGCGCUAUCGUCACUAUCUGGUCAUCGAGCCCUUCUUCUUUUUCUACUUCAUGGCCUCCGUGUUCAAUGCGGUGGCCAUGCAGAAUUUCCCCCUGGACAAGGCGUGUCGCGUGAAUCUGGGCUACAACAAGCUCGUCUGCGACACGAUGCUGGACAAAUCGGAGCUGGGCAUCGAGUGCGAUGACUUCGACUUCGAGAACACCACACAGGGCGCGACGCCGGAUCUCGCUGGCCUGGUCAUCGGAGCCACUGGCUUCAACUACACCGUGUGCAAGGCGGAACUGGAGGCACAGAUCCUGGCGGCAGAUGUCUCCGGGAAACGAGCUCCCAUGGCUGCCAUUUUCCCGCUGAUUGUUUUACUUUUUGCUGGAGGAUGGGCAGAUCGGUACAACAAACGAAAGCCCUGCAUGAUAAUGCCAAUUAUCGGAGAGGCAUUAUCUUUCACAUGCCAGAUUAUCUCAUCGAUUUUCUUCGAAUCGCUGCCCAUGGAGUUUGGCGCCUACUGUGAGGCGAUAGUUCCAGCUCUCUUCGGAGGAUUAACCUUCUGCCUGAUGGCAAUCUAUAGCUACAUCACCAUAGCCACGCCGGAGGAGGAUCGUGUGUUCCGUUUCGGCAUCUUUGCCAUGUUCGUCACUGGAGUUCCUUUUAUAGGACAACCGAUUAGUGGAGUUCUCUUUACGACUUUGGGCUACACAUGGUCCUUUGCCUCCGCCAUUGUCUUCCAGCUGAUUGCGAUAUUUUACAUAAUUUUCUUCAUAAAAGAGGUGAAGACCACGCCCACCACCAGCACCUCAACGAAUGAGCCACCACCACUGCCCUCCACCCUGCCGCCCAAGCAGCAGGGAGCAGACAAUAUGGCCUACGAGACCACCAAUUUGGAGGAGCUGCAGGGCAACAAGAACGUCAACUUCCAGCUAACGCCGCAGAUGGAGCCCAAAGUGGAGGUGGUGCCGCCAAAGCGUUCACUCUUGAAGGAACUCUUCGAUCCCACCCUGGUGCUGGACUGCAUCCGUUUCCCGCUGAUCAAGCGACCCAACAACGGCAGAAUGCUGCUGAUCCUGCUGCUGUGUGCUUACUUCCUGACCGUCGGACCCACUUCCGGUGAGAACGACUAUUGGUAUCGCUUCACGCUGAAGAAGCUCGCCUGGAACGGCAACGACUUCAGUAUCUACCUCACACUGUCCAGUGGCGCUGCACUGGUGGGCACCUUCAUUGGCACUGCCAUUUUGAGCAAGCUACUCAAGGUCUCCGACUCCAUGAUUGGCAUGCUCUCCGCACUGUCCAUUGUCUGCUCCCGCGUUCUUUUCGCCUUCUCCAGCAGCACUGCCUCGUUUUACGUGGCUGGUGUGGUGGACAUGUUCGUCAGUCUGCGAGUGAUUGCCAUCAAGACCAUCGGUUCGAGCAUUGUGGCUGGCGAUGAGCUGAGCAAAAUGUACUCCAUCUUUGGCAUCAGUGAGCCAAUUGCCCAAUUCAUUUUCCCGCCAAUCUUCAGUGAGAUUUACAAGAGCACGGUGGAUUCAUUCCCAGGUGCCAUUUGGCUCUUUGGCGAAAUCUUCUACAUACCCAAUGUCUUGGUCUUCGUUAUAUGCUACUUCCUGCUGCGACGUCGAAAGGCCAACGAGGAGAAGAGCGUCGUGGAAAUGGAGCAGAAUGGUGGAGCAAAUGGUGGCAAUCGGGCAAACGUGGUGCCCGAUAGCGAAAUAACUAGUCUGUAACAUACUUAAUGCCAGUCCGUGUUAUAUAUAUUUUUAUAUUUAUAAUAUAAAUUGUAUAUUUUUGUAUAUUUAUAGACAAUUUGUAUAGCAUUUUAUAUUCCCAGCCAUUUGAUC